AUGGCCCCAAAGAAAAAGCCAGCGCAAGCUAAGGCCAGGGUCAAGAAGGUCGCAGCAGUGAAGCGAAAGCCCGCAGCAGUGAAGCGAAAGCCCGCGGCCAAAAAGCCUCCAGCCCGGAAGGUGGCGCCACCGACAAAGCCCAUCCGAAUCGGUUUCUUGAUUGGCAAGGACACGGACUUAGUUGAAGAUCCCAAGUAUGUCGGUGAUGCCUCGUUCAUGGAUGACAUGCCUGACAAGUACCGCGUGGACCCUGAGAGCAAGGAGUACCUCAAGAACUGCGAGGCUGGUACCAAAGGGUUUGCUCAUGCAGACGUGGCGAUUCCUUGGUAUAUCCACAAGAAGUACGGUGAUGAAGUGGUUGUUGACAUGAUCUUUCCGGAGGAGAUCACUCUCAAGCGCUUGAAAUCCAACAUGUGCAACUACAUCAUUGGGUACGAUGUCAUCAACUCCAUCUUCGAAGGCCCAAAGAGGUACAAGGAGGUAACGAAAGCAUUCACCCAAUGCGGGAACCUGAUGCCAAGCUGGGAAGUCCAGGACUUCAUUUACAUCAAAUCCCGGUAUAUGCAGGCUUGCAUGGAUGCCGGGAUACCGAUGGCACCGACAAUCUUCGCGAUCAAGGGCAAGCGAAGCCCAGCCAAGCUGCUAGCGGAGAUCAAAGAACGAGGUUGGAAGACGUUUGUCAUGAAGCAGUCCAUGAUGGCUUUCUCGCUUGGCUUUUGCAAGCUGCACGUCGAGGACUGUGAGAAGGACCCCAGCAUUCUGAAGAACUACUUUCGGGACUACUCCGAAUGUCCUGAGUACGUGGUGCAAGAGGCCAUCGAUGGUUUCACACGGAAUUGGGAGACGAGGAUCUUCUGGUUCAACGGCAAAUUCCUCUACGCUAUCGCCAACAAGGCGGCGGUCUCCACUGAGGAUGGCAACGAGGUCAUCAUAACAGGAGAUGACAUCCCUGCCGAGUUCCUUGAGAACGCGAAGAGAAUAGGUGAGCAAGCUCUCAAGAUUCUGCCGCAGCUGCACACUCCAUCAGGACAGCCGGUUGGCAUGACGCUGAUCCGGACGGACGUCGGCUGUUCAGACAGCCAGCUGCACGACAAGCACACGGACUGGGAUCCCAACGGUCGGACUUUCUUCUUGAACGAGAUUGAGUAUGGUGGGACCACCUACUUCAUCCGACACCUCAAAGAGGAUUGGGUUCCGAAAUGGGCCGAGCUUUAUGUCAACAAGUCAAAAGAAGUAUAUGACAGGUUGCGGGCUGAAAAAUCAAUCCAUGGUCGUCUCUGUCAAGUCAAGGCCUGUGGGCCUGUGUCCAACUUCCGAGGAUGUGGGAGGAACAGCUCAAGGACGUUUGAAGCGCGAGCCGGGCCUGCACUUCCUUACAAUUUUUGUGUUUCUGGUGUUUAUGGACCAUCAAGUUUUGGAGAGCAUGCAAGAGCAUGGCACUCCUGCGAAGAUUCCAUCCAUGUUGCCACUAGGGCCGGCUAUGAAGGGUGA